UGAGAGAAAAGCGCUUCCCGAGCGCUCAAUCCUGUCACUGUACAGACAUGAACCGAGCUCAGCGAGCAAUAACCAAAUCAAUGAUUUGUAUUCUUCGCGAUUAACACUUAAUUUUUCUUUAUCGCUCAAAGGUGCAACACUUUUCCGUCCCAACCGUCCUGUCUCCGUUCAGAAAUCGUUCAAUCGUUUGCGCUGGAUCUGUCGUGCCAGAAGAUGUGCGUGGAAAGCGAUGGAUGUGAAAUCGAGGGGUGCAGCAGUUCGGAUGAGGUGCACACGCUGUCUGGAAGCAUGAGUCCGGCUCUUAAAUCCAGUCCAGACCUGCAUCCCUGCAAACCUGGGCAGAAAUUCCGUGCCGCAUUACUCCGAUGCCGGUCUCCGCUCGUUGCCGCCGGGAUUCUGAGUUUUGGAAAUGUGCUCAAUUACAUGGACAGAUACACUGUAGCAGGUGUCCUCCUUGACAUACAGAAACACUUCGACGUUGGUGACAGCGGAGCAGGCUUGUUGCAAACAGGUAAGUCUCUCAUAAUCCCAUAA